AUGGCAAGCGGUGUCAAAUUUCAUCCAUGCUUCCUUCUCUCAUAUUACCUUAUAGGCGUUUUGGUUACAGCUCAUAAUGUCCCCCAAGCACAAUUAAUACCAUACUUCGGUCAGCAUCUCAUGAAGGCCUUAAUUGGCACACCACCAGUAGACAUCUACCGCAUGAUUGAUACAGCGAGUAACAUUGUGUGGGCACAAUGUGUACCUUGUGAUGUCUGCUUCAAUCUGAUUCACCCCGGGUUCGAUCCUAAAGAGUCCAGCACAUACAGUGAAAUUUCUUGUCAUUCAGAAAAAUGUCAUGAAUGGUAUGAUGUCCAUUGUUCUCCUCAAAAUAGUUGCAAUUACGUCAGUGGAUAUGCAAGUGGCUUAUCCAGUGGUGUUCUGGCCAAAGAAAAAGUCACCAUCACUUCUACCUCCGGGCAAGCAGUUUCCUUUGAUAUUGCUUUUGGAUGUGCACACAACAUUACUUUCAGUCACAGUAAUCACACAACGGGACUCAUUGCAUUAGGAGCAGGGCCUUUGUCCUUUCCUUCACAAAUUGGUAGCAAGAGGUUUUCUUAUUGCUUGUUGCCAUAUGCUAUUGAAUAUACUUAUCCUAAUAUUAAAAGCAAGAUAAGUUUUGGCAAUGGCAGUGAAGUUGUGGGUGAUGGUGUGGUUUCAACACCAAUGUUUGUAGCUGGAGAACAAUAUAAUGUGACACUAGAAGGAAUUAGUGUUGGAGACACAUAUAUGCCCUUUAACUCAUCAGGUAAGGUUUCUAAGGGCAACAUUUGUAUCGAUUCAGGAUCAACACUAUUCGCUUUGCCACCAGAUUUUUAUAAUCGCUUAGAGGUGGAAGUGAAGAAGCGGAUUUGA